CUGGAAGCUGGAGUUUGAUUAUUUAACCUUAAGCAUAUAUGAUACAAUAUUUUGACUAAUAUAGAGGACUUCACAGCAGCUUCCCCCGUCUCGGUAAUAGUAAGGUCGCCCACGGCAAGUGAUAAUUUAUGCUAGGUUAGGUUAACUUAACUUUACUUUAACUUAUAAAUACUCUAACACCUUUUCCAAAAUUUGCCAUAAAUACGACCGUCUCACUAUAAAACAUAUUGAAAUUGCGGUGUUUAGAAAUUUGUUUUCUCUGAAAACAAAAAUUUUUAAGCUAAGACAAUAUAAUAAAGGCAUAUCAGCCCUUAAAGGCCAUUUCCUAUUAUUUUAUGCAUUACUGUACAUAAUUAUUAUUUUUUAAUUACAUUGGAAACUGAAAUUUUUUAUUUCCCCGGUGUUUUUAACUAAUAGGUUGAAUUGGCAAAAGGAAAUUUUUAGAGGUGCUAUGUGAAGAAAGAAGACAGAAGGAGUGCAAUGCUGACAUUAGAAGAAAGUCGAAGAUGAAGAGGUGGAUUAGAAGAAGGACCAACCCACGACAACUGCUGUACUGCCGGCAUCCCCUAUUUUUCAGAUACCAGCUGGAUGGAAGACGUGAGCUGUGCUGGACCCCACUAAUGUACUGAUGUGGUUGAUGUUGUUGAUGUACAAUAAAAAGAUAUAAUACCCUAACAUGUGAAGCAGGAACAUUGUUUGUGUAUUUUGGAGUAUUUUCUCUGAUUUUUGUUGAUGUUUACUACAAAGAAUGCAAGAGUAUGACACUAACUUCGGUUUCCUGUAUGACUUGGAGAAACUUCGAGAUAUGAAAGAAGACUACAUCAUGAAAGAGCGAUGUAUAGCUUUGGAUAAUUCAUUGAGUGUUGGAAAUUUUCACGAUAUUGAUUGUGCAGACCUGUUCUCAGAGCUUCGAGUACUCCAAGAACUUAUUCCUCAAGAAACAAACAGUGCACUUCAAGUCCUUCAGAUUCUCAAGUCUCUAAAUGGUUCCUUCCCUAAGGCAGAAAUAGCAUAUCGGAUUUUAUUGACAGUUCCAGUCACAGUGGCAUCAGGGGAGCGGAGUUUUUCCAAGCUGAAAUUAAUAAAGAAAUAUCUAAGAACAACUAUGUCUCAAGAGAGAUUGAAUGCAUUGGCUAUGCUCUCCAUCGAAAAGGAACUAGCAGAAAGUUUGGAAUAUCAAGAUUUAAUAGCAG